CGCUCCCGUUAAUUCAACACUAUACCUGCGGACCCCACUUCUCCAGGCUUCUCAUGGUAUUAUCACGUGAUGCGGUUUCCCUGGGACCAUUGCCGGGCUGGACGCUUUUAGUCCAGUUUCGUCUCGUUUCUGCGCUGAUGAACCGAUGCGACAGCAGUAAUUAGGCCUCCAAUCCCCUUUUCUGCGUCCUCGCUCGUCCUUGUCGAGCCAUUGUUGCCCUCCGUCAACCCCCGAAACGAGACUUACGGUGUCUGUCCGCCCAUACAUCAGAAACUGAGCCCUGUCAUUUGCGACAAAUAACAAUGCCUCCCGUGCCAGCUCAGUAUGGCGGCCACGCCGGGCCUUCCAACUUCGACAAAUUCAAAAUGGGUGCCAUGAUGGGCGGCUCUGUCGGAGCCAUCAUGGGCUUUAUCUUCGGAACUUACAGCAUCUUCCGGUACGGUGCCGGGCCGAACGGCAUCAUGCGCACCCUCGGACAAUACAUGCUCGGAUCAGGGUCUACCUUUGGCUUCUUCAUGGCAGUCGGCAGUGUCAUUCGAAGCGAUGCGUCCCCCAUUGCCGAGGCGGCGUUCCGACAAGCCCAGAGACGGCCCUUCAUCAUGUCCCAUCCGGCCCUGCAACGCCCCAGGCCCCAGUAAUCGCCGCCCGUCAGGGUCUCGAACCCGGUUAGAGUCGGGGAGUGUAUCAACAUCAUCACCAGUCCGCCUCGGGGGACAACUUUGGGCGGGUCGUCAGCCCGCCG